UCCUCACCCCCACACCCCCCUGCUUCCCUCCCUCUUUCUUUGGUUGACAGAAGCAGCAGUAGCAACUGCUGCACAUGCACUGGAGAGCAGCAAUGGUCAAGUCAGCGAGAGCCGCAGUGGAGCCGCACUGAGGCAAAGCAGCCAACCGCCCCCCCUCGCGACUGGGGACGCCUCCAACAAUCUAAGGGGUGUGGGAAGCUGAGGAGUGGAAAAAUUUCUCCCAACCCUGAAUGUCCGGUCAGUUCGACUAACCAACACCCCUGCAUCGUUCCCACUCCUCCUCCUCCUCAUCUGUCGCCACUUCCUGCUCCCCCAAAAUGACCGUAGUAGCGGGGGACAACAUGGAUGAGACCUCGGCCGUCCCGGGCCACCCUCAGGAUGCCUACCCCCCGGACCACAAUGACCACGAGUGCUGCGAGAGGGUGGUCAUCAACAUUGCCGGCCUCCGGUUUGAGACGCAGUUAAAGACUCUCUCCCAGUUUCCGGAGACGCUGCUGGGCAACCCCAAAAAGAGGAUGCGGUAUUUUGACCCCCUGAGAAACGAGUACUUCUUUGACAGAAACCGCCCAAGCUUCGAUGCCAUCCUUUACUACUACCAGUCUGGGGGGCGACUAAGAAGGCCAGUGAACGUUCCCUUGGACAUGUUCUCAGAAGAAAUCAAAUUUUAUGAGCUGGGAGUGGACGCCAUGGAGAGGUUUCGUGAGGAUGAGGGUUUCAUCAGAGAGGAAGAGCGUCCUUUGCCCGAGAAGGAGUUCCAGCGUCAGAUUUGGCUCCUCUUCGAGCACCCAGAAAGCUCGGGCACUGCGAGAGGGAUUGCAAUCGUUUCUGUGAUGGUUAUCCUGAUUUCAAUAGUCAUAUUUUGUCUGGAGACUUUACCACAGCUGAAAGAGGACCCAGCCGGUCGAUUCGAGACAUUUGGGAACAUUACUAUUUAUUAUAAACCAAAUAUCCUCACUGACCCCUUCUUUGUCAUUGAGACUCUCUGUAUAAUCUGGUUCUCAUUUGAGUUGAUAGUACGCUUUUUGGCGUGUCCAAGCAAACCAGCCUUCUUCAAGAACAUGAUGAACACAAUUGACAUCGUGGCUAUCAUCCCCUACUUCAUCACACUGGGCACUGAGCUGGCAGAAGACCCAGAAAAGGAGGGUGUGGGGGAGCAAGCGACAUCUCUGGCCAUCCUCAGGGUGAUCCGUCUGGUCAGGGUGUUUCGGAUCUUCAAGUUGUCACGACACUCCAAGGGACUUCAGAUUCUGGGGCAGACCCUGAAGGCUAGCAUGCGAGAGCUGGGACUGCUAAUCUUCUUUCUGUUCAUCGGAGUCAUCUUGUUUUCCAGUGCUGUCUAUUUUGCCGAAGCGGAGGAGCAAGGCUCCCACUUUGGCAGCAUCCCGGAUGCGUUCUGGUGGGCUGUUGUAUCAAUGACAACUGUGGGUUAUGGGGACAUGGUCCCGGUCACCAUCGGGGGAAAGAUCGUAGGAUCUCUGUGCGCGAUCGCUGGAGUCUUAACAAUUGCACUCCCAGUGCCUGUCAUUGUGUCCAACUUCAACUACUUCUACCACAGAGAAACUGAGGGAGAGGAGCAGGCCCAACUGCUUAAUGUCAGCAACCCCAAUAUCCCCUCUGAAACCAACUCCAGCCGCCGUAGCUCAUCAACCGUCAGCAAGUCAGAGUACAUGGAGAUUGACGGGGAUAUCAACAAUAGCAUCGACAACUUUAGGGAGGCAAACCUUAGAACUGGCAAUUGCACUAUAGCCAACCAAAACUGUGUUAAUAAAAGCAAGCUGCUUACAGAUGUUUAGACGUCACAUAGGUAAUUUAGGCUCCCUAUGGUACAGUCGCACGUGGAGUAUACCACGAGUUAGGAAUGCUUCAGUUACCUCCCAUCUCGAGAGCACUCUAUGGCAUUAGGCCUCCAAAUAUGCUCAGCCAUAAAGAAAGAAACUCAAGAAAACAAAGCUUUCAAAGUCUUACCCAUGUAGAUAGAAUAAUUAAUUUUACUGAUCCUACGACUCUAUGGAUAAGUCAAAAAGAAAACAUUGAUUAUUACAUGUAUACAUGGCUCCUUAGGGGAUGCAGAGCACAUCCUGUCUUAUGAGACAAUGGCAUAACAAAUUCAAACCUUAUGCAUGGAGUACAGAUAACAUUUCAGCAAGUUGCACAAUGCACCAGAAAUGACUGCAGACAUUCAAGCCUCUGAGCCAAGAGGUAACCCGCCAAGAAGUUAGAUGACCCCUCUUAAACACCCCCACCCCUUAACCCACCCCUCCCACCUAACCCCCAUAAUCUUCUCUCCUCUCCCUGCAAAGGAUCUGCUACUCAGCAAAGCACCUUACAGUAGGAAGACUGACCUCUCUCUCGUUUGGAUGUACACAGAUGGCGAUCCGCUUGCUUCACGGACAUCUGCAAUGCUGCUGUUUUGCGGCAGCUGCUGUAAUCGUGUUAUCACCAAGUGAUUCAAUGCCAUGCCCUUUAUAGAUACAACACAGCACAAUGAAAAAAGUAAGCUUCACACAAGCAUGAUCUAGAGACUUUCCAUGUCGACUAUCAGUGUGCAUGAGACAUAUGUCACAAAGUGGAAAAGGAUGUUCACUUCCCCCACUUCCCAUAUGUUGUCAUACCCAAGUGCACUGGAUGAGUUUUAUUAUUUAUUUAUUUAUUUAUUUAUUUAUUUAUUUAUUUAUUUAUUUAUUUAUUUUCAUUUAUUUAUUUAUUUGAAUUGCUAAUCAUUUAGAAGUAUAGAAAUUGAAUGUUAAAUCUUUAAGGGAACAGUACAUAAAUGAGAUCAUAGCAUGAAAAAAGUAACCUGCAUUAUGGCUUAUUGACCAAGGUACUUUUGUAUCCUCAUAUAUUUAAUGCAUGAUGUGAGUAUACAGCUUGUUGCAGUUCAUGCAUUCUGCAGUGCCCUAUUGUCAGGGAAACUGAGUAAGUCAAAAAUUGGAUUGGGUGUUUCUGAAUUAUGAUCAAAUAAACCCACAAUGAGGAUGCAGAGUUUCCAAUUAAAUAGUAGACAAAAGAACGAACUACAUAUUGUCAAUUUACUAUCAAAAAUGCAUAUAGUCAUAAUAAGCACCAGUUAGGAUAAUAAUGCAGUGCAUGGACAUUGUUUGAACAAGAAAAUUUCACAUCUUUUUAAAUCAUGCUUCCAUCUAACUUUAGUACAAACUGAUUUCAAAAAUACAUCAAAAAAGACUCGAUACCAAACUUCAUUUCACGUUUCAGAGAGUUCUUCCGAUAUUAGUUGCCAGUGCCUUUAUUCCUUCCACCAACGGGAUCGGUGAAAGUGCCUCAGUGGUUUUUGUGUGUGAUUGAACUGUGGUGUUGAAGCUGCUGCUGGUUGAGAUGUUACACAAGUAAGGUUCAAACAGCAGGGGACAAUGGUCGAGAAUAAAAAAAGAAAAAAAAAGAUACAGAUGCUGUCAUGCACAACUUAGUUUCCAUGCUGAAAUGCACUUAAAUAUGCCAUUUAGCAGCAACGCAUUGUACUCGGCAUGUUUACCAUUUUAAUUCAAAAAGGGAAUGUUGGAUUUUUUGCUCAUUGCCUCAGUUUAUUUGUGUAUUUGUUUGUUUUUGUCGUGCACCACGCAUCCUGUCAGGGUCUCUACCUCAGCGAGGUCAUUAUAAACCUGCUACAGAGCUGCAACCUUUCAGUGCAGGGCUUCCUAUAUAUAUGUCUAUACACACAAACAGAAAUGUAUAUAAUGCAAACCUUAAGUGUAAACUGCAGUGAUGCAAUAUUGAAUGUGAUAGUCCCAAAGCCUUUACACAAGCACUUACAUAUAGGGCAAGUAGGGUACCACAAUUAUGCCCCCCCUCCUCCUCCCCACCACACUUAAAGCUGCGCACA